CAAUUAAACGUUACGCCUUUAAAACCCAAGUGACGUAUGACGGUUACGUCGGUAAUUGAAGUAUUAAUGCAACAACCAUCAGAGGUUAUAAGGACUUUUAAGAGAGCAACACUGCAUACUAGCGUCACGGUUAAGGGAAAUAAUAUAGGAAGCACAACAUCUUAAUAUCGCCGCAAAACGGAUUUAAAAAAAUUAAACAUGGCACCAAAUACUGCUUACACAUGGACUUUCCUGGCAUUACAUUUGUUGCUAAUCGGGCACGUGAUGCUCAUGGAAUCCGUGCCGACCAAGAAAACAUACCGCGCGGCGGUGUUCGAGCACGCCGUCAUCCCACCGCCCAUCUGGGCCAAGACGCGACACAUGGCGGUGGAUCAGAUGAUGUUCAACCUGCGGAUAUACGAAGAACAGGCACACAUCGCUGGCAAGAAGGGAGUUGAUAUAAUAGUGUUCCCGGAGGAUGGUCUGUACGGGCUUCACCUGAGGACCCGGAUGUUCAUCUACUGGUACCUGGAGCCCAUCCCUGACCCAGUAUACGUCAAGGACUGGGUACCCUGCGACGAGCCCAUGCGCUUCCCGCAAGCCGACGUUCAAGUCUUCCUAAGUUGCCUAGCAAAGAGAAAUAAGAUGUACGUCGUGGCGAAUAUGGGUGACAUCAAGAAAUGCCUGGCAGGGGUCGAUCCAAACUGCAACCUAAAAGACGGCGUCUAUAUGUUCAACACCAACGUGGCGUAUGACCGCCAUGGUAAGUUCAUCGCCAGGUACCACAAGCAACACCUCUUCUUGGAACCGCAGUUCAAUGCUCCGGUCAACCCAGAAUACAUCUUCUUCGACACGGAGUUUGGUCGAUUCGGAAUGAUGGUGGGCAACGACGUUCUGUUUCACGAUCCUGGACUUGAAUUAAUCCGCCACCAUGGCGUGACGGAUAUUGCAAUUCCAACCUCCUGGCCUGAUAACUUGCCAUAUUACUCGGCCAUUGGUUACAUGUCAUCCUUUGCAAUUGGCCACUCGGUAAACAUGCUGGUGGCGAACCUACACGACGUGCAUCCCGGAUCGAGUCUUCACGGAAGUGGAAUAUUUACGCCGGCCGGGGCGCAGACAUAUAUGCGCGAUCCGUUUACUUUACGAGGUCACCUUCUGAUUGCUGACGUUCCUAUCAACGUGCGUAAGAUUCCAAAUCUAGCGUGCGAUGUAGGUCUCACGCAGUUUGGACCAGCGGAGAUGAAAGCGCUCAUGCAUCCGGAAUUCAAGACCACAGUCCUGAAAGACUGGUUCGAUUUUGUUUUAGUGAAGGGAACAGCCGGCGCUGUGACCAUCUGCCAGAAUGGCUUUUGCUGCUUCCUACAAUACGAUAAAGCGAAAACGUACGACGUGUUUGCAUUCGGCGUGUUCCACGGAAUACACAAAUCGUAUGGUCAGAUGUACGAGCAGAUAUGCCUGCUUACCAAAUGCAGGGAUUAUAACGCCCAGUCGUGCGGCUACCCCGUUCUUCAUUCCUCUACGAAGUUCAAGUCGUUCCGUAUCACAGGCAACUUUACCACUCCAUUUAUACAUCCACAGAUUGUAGUGGCCGAUCCAAAACUUAAUCUGGGACUGCCCGCUCCUGGGAGUUUCCUGUACGGUCCCGGCGGCCUUCAGGGCACUUCCGUUGAGCGACCCCUGCUCCAUGCCGCACUUAUUGGCCGCCUUUAUCAUAAGGAUUGCAUUAACUGUAUUGGCGUCUAAUAUGAUGCUUUCAGCGCUUUGAUUGAAAUAAAAUGGGAACAAUUCUU